GGAAUCGCUAAGUGAGGAUUCGUACGAGUUUUCUACGACAGCAGCCGACUUAGACACGAUCGUCUUGCAUUUGUCGUUUUGCGUUGCUUGCUGGCACCAGUAAAGAAGACACCAUGGACAUCGAAGAGUAUCGAAAACAAGCCAAAGAGAUGGUGGACUACAUCGCGGACUAUCUCCAGACGGUCCACACCCGCCGGGUGUACCCGGAUGUACAGCCGGGGUACAUGCGCAGUCUGGUCCCCGACUGCGCGCCCAUGGACGGGGAAUCAUGGGAAGACAUCUUCGAUGACGUAGAGAGAGUCAUCAUGCCUGGGGUGGUCCACUGGCAGAGCCCACACAUGCACGCGUACUAUCCAGCACUGAACAGUGGACCGUCUCUCCUAGGCGACAUGCUGGCGGAUGCUAUAGGUUGUAUCGGCUUCACCUGGGCCUCCAGCCCUGCAUGUACCGAGCUGGAGAUGAUAGUGAUGGACUGGUUGGGCAAGAUGAUUGGCCUCCCACCGCAGUUUCUUUACUCAUUGUCGGAUGGAAAAGGUGGAGGAGUUAUUCAGGGAACAGUAAGUGAAGCCACUUUGGUGUCCAUGUUGGCGGCUCGCGCGGAGGCAGUGCGCAAGCUCAAAGAACAGGUCCCGGAUGCAGAGGAAAGUGACAUCACGGCUCGGCUGGUGGCGUACUGCUCGGACCAAGCCCAUUCCCAGGUACAGAAGAACUGUGUGGUCGCACUGGUCAAGCUGCGUCAGCUGGACACGGACGAGAAGGGCCGGAUGAGGGGAGCUGACCUGCAGAAGGCUUUAGACCAGGACAGACAGGAGGGGCUCAUCCCCUUCUUUGUGUGUGCGACACUGGGCUCCACAGGAGCAUGUACGUUUGACAGUUUGGAGGAGAUCGGUCCUAUCUGCGACAGUGAGAAUAUUUGGCUGCACAUUGACGCGGCCUAUGCGGGCACGGCGUUCAUCUGUCCGGAGUACCGAUAUCUGAUGAAGGGCAUCGAACUCGCGCAUUCUUUUGCCUUCAACCCCAGUAAAUGGAUGAUGGUCCACUUCGACUGUACCGCCAUGUGGGUGAAAGAUAACGUGGCUCUACAGCAAGCCUUUAUCGUCAACCCGCUAUAUCUGCGACACGAAAACUCAGGUCAAGCCGUUGACUACAUGCACUGGCAGAUCCCGCUCAGCCGCCGGUUCCGCGCGCUCAAACUCUGGUUCGUCAUCCGGUCCUACGGCGUCAGGGGGCUGCGGGACCACGUCAGGAAGGGCGUCAGACUGGCGGAGAUGUUUGAGACGAUGGUUAGAAAGGACACGAGGUUUGAGAUCCCGGCACAGAGGAUCCUUGGUCUGGUCGUCUUCCGACUUAAGGGUCCUGACUCCUUGACGGAGACGUUACUGAAUCGUCUGAACAAGACGGGGAAGUUGUUCAUGGUUCCCGCCUCUCUCAAGGGCAAGUACAUCAUUCGAUUCACGGUGACGUCACAAAACACCGCCGAGGCAGACAUCGUGUACGAUUUUGAGCUGAUACAGAAGAUGGCGUCCCAUGUUCUAAGCGGGAACGACGCUGAGCCUGACAUGGCGAAGUGGGACACGGAAACGUUCGUGUCGAAAGUGUCGUCCGCCCCCGACGACAGUAACGGGAACCUUGCGAGCCAGCGGGUGGCGGGCAGGCGCCUCGACACCGCCGUGGUCAGGGUCCCCAGCGGCCGCCGCACCGUCAUCGUCAAAAUCCCGCUCAAAAACCAGCGGAUCCAAGAUGGCGACCGCCCGGUCGAGAAGGAUCUAGCCAACAUCUGCGGGUGCACCUCGCUCCUCAGCAGUCUCAUGAUGAGCAAAGACAACAAGGAACUGCAGAAUUCUGCCUCGUCGUCUGGUAAAGAUGACGCUGCGAAGAGGCGCGCGAUCUUCGAGGCUAAGGGCACGCAGACGUCGCUAGAAUGUGAGAUCAAAGUCAUGGGGAACGGGCUGCUCUCCGAGGCUAUCAAAAGCCUGUUGGUCAAUGCUAACGACCACGGUCAAGGCCUGGCGACUCACUAGAAGUUUGGAGUAGCCUGGGAGCCAGGCUGUAGCCAGGAAUGCCUUGAGCUUCAAGGUUUUUUUCUCA